AUGUCAGAUGAUUCACAUAUUGAAAAAUUAUUUUUUAAAGUUUUUAGAAAUUGUUUUUUAAGGAAAAUAAUAUUUUCACAUGUUUCAAUAUUUCAAAAGAAUAGAGAAAUUAGAUUUGAAAGUUUAAAAGAAUUAAGAGACUUUAAAUUUAGAGAUUAUAUUGAAUCAUUAAGAUUAAAUUGUAAUGAAAUAUUAAAGAAAGGAGAUAUACCAGAGAGUGGAUUUUUAAAAAAAAUCAUUUUUUCAUCAUUAUUAAAUGUACCAAAGAAUUUUCAAACUCAACAUUAUUAUUUAUAUGAUGAUGGUAGUUCAACUAGAACAAUUUCAAAAACAACUAUUGAUUAUUCAAUCAUCCCACAAUCAGUUCAACACAUGGAGAUUCGAUUCCCAAUUUCCUUGUAUCCCGAUGAUAUUAACAUUUCAAAGAUACCAACUUUUUUCAACUCAAUAGUGAAUAUUGGCAUUACAGAGAGAGAUGUUAAUGCACUCUAUGGACAUUUGUUAAGAUUUCCAUCAUUAAUUAAAAUAUCUAUUAGAUGUGGAUACAAUAUUCAAUUAACACCACAAUUAUUUCAAAAAUUUUCAACAACUCUUACAAGUUUGGAUUUGGGUAGAGAAUGGCAAAAUAAUGAUACCCCAAUUCAAUUGGGUGAUUUAGAUUAUUUGGUUAAUUUAAAAACUUUAAAAAUUUCAUCCUAUGGGAGAGAAUUGUUUGAAAAUGUGUUACCACCAAAAUUGGAGAAAUUAACAAUUUGUGAAUAUUUAUCAGAUGUGGAAAUUUGUAAUAAAACCAUGUGGGUUCUUCCAAAAACUAUUAAAAACUUGACUAUUACAGAUUCACGUUUUCCACCAUUACUUACAUUUGGGAGAAAUAUGAAAUUGUAUAAAGGUCUCUUACCAAAUGGUAUCACCCAUUUACAAUUGUUGGCAAAGAAAAUGACAAUUCUGCCCUUUGCCAUACCUGACACUGUUGAGUAUUUACUCAUUGAUAAGAUUUUAACACAUUAUCCAAUACUAUCAAAUUAUCAAUUACCAAAAUCUUUAAAGAAAUUAGAUAUUGUGCCAAGUACUUCUAAAUUCAUAAUUGAACAAAAUGCUCUAUCAGAUUUGAAUCAAUUACUUUCAUUCUCAGUAUUAUCUUUUUAUGACACUGAUUUUGUACCAUCAUGUUGGAAUCAUAAAAUUGAUAUUGGUUUCUUUCCACAAUCGAUCACUUCAAUAGAUUUUGGUCAACAUUUUAAUCAACCCCUAACAAAGGAUCAUAUUGGUUUAUUUCCAAAUUCUUUAAAAGAAUUAACUUUUGGUUUUUAUAACCAUCCAAUUCCAAUUGGUCUAUUACCAAAUCAAUUAAAAACACUAAACUUUAUAAAUGGUUUCAAUCAAAUCAUUGAAAUUGGUUCAUUACCUUCAUCACUAACUUUUUUAAAUCUUAGUCUUUCUUAUAAAAAAUCAAUUCUUCCAAAUGCUUUACCAUCAUCAAUAAUUCAUUUAAAACCAAAAAAUUUAAAUAAAUACAAAUAA